AUGGCUGAUUUUCAGACAUCUACCCACCGAGCAAGGUGGAUCUUUUCUCCACAGCAACUGGUUGAGAAAUAUACAGCUGCUAAUCAGAGAGCCAGACAAACCCUAGAGAAGUGUGGAGCAACUCUAAUGGAAGUAGAUAGUAACGGGUCUUUGUCAUAUCCUGAACCCCAGACAACUGCAAGUGAUAGUGCUGAAAAACAUUCUCGGGUAAAACCUCUUAGUAAUGAAGAAGAACGAUGUAUGAAGGUGUUUUAUGAAAUCAAGCUACAAGAAGUGUGCAACAAUUUCCACUUCCCUCAUAAGAUCCAGGCUACAGCUCUCAUAUUUUUUAAAAGGUUCUAUCUACAAUGGUCGGUGAUGGAACAUCAACCAAAAAAUAUAAUGUUGACCUGCAUAUAUGCUGCUUGUAAGAUAGAAGAAAAUCAUGUAUCGGCUGAGGAGCUUGGUAAGGGGAUUUCGCAAGAUCAUCAAAUGAUUCUCAAUAAUGAGAUGAUAGUUUAUCAGAGUCUGGAUUUUGAUCUUAUAGUUUAUGCUCCAUAUCGCUCGGUUGAAGGUUUUAUAGAUUAUAUGGAGGAAGUUUGCAAUGCUGGCGAGGAUGAGCUUCCAAAAUUCAAGGCUUUGCAAGAUACGGCAGGGCGGGAAGUUGAUAAAAUGAUGCUUACAGAUGCACCACUCUUAUUUACUCCUGGGCAGUUGGCCUUGGCCGCCCUACGUACCUCAAAUGCACUCCAUAAAGUUGUCGACUUUGAUAGUUUUCUGAGCAGAGUUUUUUCCCAUAAGAAUUUUACACACACAAUGGACGAACUUCUUGAAUCAUUGGAUGCAAUUGACUCUUGGGUUAGAAAAUACACAAGUCCAUCAGAGAAAGAAUUGAAGCAUAUCGACCGGAAACUGAAGUCUUGUUGGGGUCAUGACGAGGGAAAGAAGAGGGAGAAGAAAUCAAAGCACAAGUCCAGAAAGAGCUCAAAAGAAGCACAAAAUGUGUAG